AUGGAAGAUUGCAGUCUGUACCCGUAUGGAGAAGGAGAUGUGACCCUCAAUACAGACAACGUACCUGUCAACCUUGGCAACAGCUACAAUUACUUCGGCAGGAAGUUCGACACCGUUUACAUUAGCAAGGACGGUGUUGUUGGGCUCAACCCGGACGUCAAGUAUGAAGAAGUUCGUUUUCAAGAUGGCAGCCGUGACCCCGACCAUGACCUUUCCUUUCUGGCGCCGUUCCAUUUUAAUGGAAACAACAUCACAAGUGACUCGGAGGGGAAGAUCUACUACAGACUAUAUUACAGCAACACCACUGAAGACCAAGACUUCCUGACCGAGCUACGGUACUACAUGCUGAAUGCUACAGUUGGUAAUUUGCCGUUCGAGCCGGCUGUAGCUUUAGUGGUCACGUGGGAGAACGUCACAGCCGCGUCUCAGCCGUGUGAAUGUCAGAGAGCAACAUUCCAAAUGGUCCUUGUUGCCUGCUCACUCAAUACUUUCAUUAUCUUCAACUACAACGAUAUAAGUUUGACGAUAGAGCAGUUUUACCAGGCGGGUAUAAAUGGAGGUCAUGGAGUUGGAUGGACGAGUGUGUGUACCGGAUGUAACCUCAUCGACCUGCCGUCUACAAGAGGAAGUGACGUCACAGGCAGAUUCAUUUUCCGAGUGUCGAAAGAUCAACUUGAACGUUCAGGCUGCACUAUCGAUGGAAGUACGCUACAAAUUCUCCCAAAAUAUGCCGGCAUGUUUGGAGGGGAACUUCUGGACAUUUCCGGUCCGUGUCUGGACGACAUCAACGUGUCCGUCAUGUGUCGGUUCGGGAGUGGUGAGAGUUCAGUAACCUCCGAGGGGUUCAGGUUUAACUCCAUGAGGUUGAAGUGCCCUGUGCCGAGACUCACGGGGAGAGGACCAGUACCGGUGGCUGUGUCCGUGGACGGUGGGAGCACCUUUACAGGAGAUGGAACCAUCUACAGAGCAACAUUCCAAAUGGUCCUUGUUGCCUCCUCACUCAAUACUUUCAUUAUCUUCAACUACAACGAUAUAAGUUUGACGAUAGAGCAGUUUUACCAGGCGGGUAUAAAUGGAGGUCAUGGAGUUGGAUGGACGAGUGUGUGUACCGGAUGUAACCUCAUCGACCUGCCGUCUACAAGAGGAAGUGACGUCACAGGCAGAUUCAUUUUCCGAGUGUCGAAAGAUCAACUUGAACGUUCAGGCUGCACUAUCGAUGGAAGUACGCUACAAAUUCUCCCAAAAUAUGCCGGCAUGUUUGGAGGGGAACUUCUGGACAUUUCCGGUCCGUGUCUGGACGACAUCAACGUGUCCGUCAUGUGUCGGUUCGGGAGUGGUGAGAGUUCAGUAACCUCCGAGGGGUUCAGGUUUAACUCCAUGAGGUUGAAGUGCCCAGUGCCGAGACUCACGGGGAGAGGACCAGUACCGGUGGCUGUGUCGGUGGACGGUGGGAGCACCUUUACAGGAGAUGGAACCAUCUACGUUGUUCUGCCGCUACGUCUCCCUAACGCAAGUCUAGAACUGGGCAAGGGGUGGUACGAUGUCACACCCUCAGAACUGAAUAUGACGUGGGACCCACUCGAGAUGACCUCUGAUCCAGAUGCUAAGGUGGACAUUACGCUCGUGGGUUACAGGGAGACAAAGACAGAGCUCAUCUGGAAGACUUUGAGGGUCAUAGCCUCCUCUGAAAACAACACCGGAAACUACAGCUUCCGCACCGCAGAGCAUCAGUGUCAACCAGCUGACUGCCAGCUGUUCGAGGUGGCCAUCAUCGAGGUACAGCUGCAGAAGCCGUACCACGCCCUGGCCACGUCAAGAGUAGUUAUGUCCCCUGAUGACGCUGUCACUAUUGGCUGGUUCGUCAAGAAUGCAAUGACCACACAGUACGGAUCCAACUGGUCACCGCAGCUCUGUACACAAUGGUCAAACAGGGACAUGGUGGAGUCGUCCUGGAUGAACCAACUCUUGUAUUGUCCGUGCAAUCUUGGUCAAGCGUUGGCAGACUUCGGCCGCUGGCAGGCUGACCUCGGCUGUAACAUAUGGUCUUUCAGUAGCAGCAACUGUUUCUAUCACAAGGGGGCUGUCCACUGUGUGAGGUCAUUCCUGCCAACAUCUACAGGGGCGGGCAACCAAUGUUGCUAUGGCAGUGAUGGCGUGCUGAAGUACGCCGCCGACACCUACCAAGGCAGCACCCCCGACCGCAGCCACGACUGGGGCGCCGCCCCCUACAACAAACCCGACUUUGUGCCGUAUUUCUCCCACUGGAUACAUGACGUGGUCACAUUCUACUACUGCUGUUUGUGGACCGACAACAGUAACUGCGAUGACUAUAUGGCAAGGCGGCCUACUCGCGACUGUAACGGGUACCGCCCUCCUCAAGCAGCCAUGGCUUACGGAGACCCCCACAUCAUGACAUUUGACGGAAAGCUGUACAACUUUGGAGGCAAGGGAGACUACUACCUGGUAAAGUCGACCCAGUUUUCUCUCCAAGGGAAGUUCGACAUAGGAGAACAGAACCAUGCUGACGGUAACAGCGUCAACGCCACCGUGUUGACGUCAGUUGCUAUGUUGGGGGUGUCUGGCCCCAGAGUGGAGAUACGUCUCGCUCCCCCGGGCUCAACAGUGGCAGGCGUCUCGAUGUCUUUGUGGAUGGAAAGUGGUGUGUCUGUCAUCAACGUUGCUACCGACCCCGACAACAACCUCCACGACAACUUCACCGUCAUCAUGCAGUCGGGAGUAGGGGUGCAGGUCGCGGCGUCAAACAGACUCCUUCACGUCAUCGUCAACAUGCCGCCCAGCUUCAAGAACAUGACGUCAGGCCUGAUGGGGACGUGGAAUGGAGACAUGUAUGAUGACUUCACAGCCAAGAACGGAGACAUGAUAAAUGCCACAUCAUCAGCGGAGAACAUUUACCAGGCAUUCGGAACAACAUGGGACGUGCCAGAAAGAGAGUCCUUGUUCUCGUACCACGACAUGGCGGACAUACAGUUCGUCCCAGUUUUUGCAGCUCCUCAGGGUUCAAAUAUUGCGGAACAAGACCUCAACUCUACUUGUGGGGCAAAUGCGCAGUGCCGCUUUGACUACACAGUCACAAGCAACGUGGACAUUGCGAACGCAUCCAAGAUUGCCUCUGGCUGGUUCACUGAGCUUAAGAGUUUCCAACAAACCAGUGAGACUUGCGGCCUCCUCAACGUGCCGUACUCGUUAAAAGAUAACUACAACUACAACCUCAACAGCACCGUCACCAUCACCGGCUGCCGCAACAUGGGCCUCCUCCGCGGCGAGACGACCUACACGUGUACGAGGAGUGAUACUGGUGGACUGGCGUGGAGUCCUGACGUCACGGCCGAGUGUAGCACUGGAAGUCUCUACCCUUUCGGCCGGAAGACUGGAGACAUGACCCUACAGACAGACACCAACCUUCCAAUAUACCUCGGGUACGACAUCAACGUCUUCGGCAGAAAGUACGACACCGUCUACGUGAAUAAAGAUGGGAUUGUUGGAUUUGAUUCAACGGUCCGAUAUGAGGAGACCUAUUUCAAUGACACUACCCGUGAUCCGAGUAUGGAUUUACCAUUUGCUGCGCCGUUCCAUUUCUCUGGGAGAAGUAUCAUAGAAGACGAAGGAAAGGUGUAUUACAGAUUAGCGUUCUCCAAUACAAGCGAGGCAUUCCUCAAGGAGCUCCAAACGUACAUGCUGGAUGCCACGAUUGGCUGGGAACCAUUUGAACCUGUGGUGGCGCUGGUUGUCACGUGGUAUGACGUUGUGGACGGUGCCCAGCAAGGGUGCAAGGCAACAAACACCUGCAAGACGGCCAUGUUCCAGAUGGUCCUCGUUGCCUGCGAGAUGCACACACUCGUGGUCUUCAACUACCUCUCUAUGGAUAUCCCUGUCCAGCAAUUCUAUCAAGUAAUUAACAUAUCAAACACGCAUCUAUGGAUACACAUUCCUGUCUUCAGCUACCUCACUAUGGAUAUCCCUGUCCAGCAAUUCUAUCAAGCUGGUAUAAAUCAAGGUCAUGGUCUGGGAUGGACGAGCGUAUGUACCGGAUGUAGUUUUGCUGACCUUCCCAACACGAGAGGAAGUGACGUAAUUGGAAGGUUCAUAUAUCGUAUAUCAAAAGAUACGCUUGAGAUCGGCGGUUGCUUAAGGGACAGAGAUUUACAGAUUCGUCCAAAGGUAGCCGGGAUGUUCGGGGGGGAACUUCUGGACAUAUCCGGUCCGUGCCUGAAUCAAAGCGUGAAUGUCAUGUGUCGGUUCGGGAGCGGCGAGACUUCAGUAACCUCUGAGGGGUUCAGGUUUAACUCCAUGAGGUUGAGAUGUCCAGUUCCAAGACUUGCAGGAACAGGUUUUGUCCCCGUAUCUGUGUCUAUAGAUGGUGGUAAUAAUUAUACUGGGAGUGCAGAUAUCUAUAUUGUCGUGUUAGGAAAGCUGGAGCUGGUUGCUCCGGGCGGAAGUAACCCCUGGAGAGAGGUCAACCCGCCCAGCCUCACUAUGAGAUGGGAUCCGGUUGCCUUGUCAAAAGAAGAGGGGGUACUCGUGGAGAUCAGAGUGGUUGGGUACAGGGAGGAUGGAGACCAGAUAAACUGGAAGACUCUGAGUAUCCUCUCAUCUGAAGCAGCCAACUCAGGCGAGUUCACCUUCACACCCUCGGACCACCAGUGUCAGCCGGAAGACUGUGCAGUGUAUGAGAUCGGUUUUGUGGAGGUGGAGCUGAAAAGGGAUUUCCGCACACGGGCCAACACUAAACUAGCAGUAAAAUCAGGGGUAACUCCUUUAGGAUGGUUCGUGAAUAGCGCCAUGAGCAGGCUCCAUGGCUCCAACUGGGCUCCUCAGCUUUGUACCUCGUGGUACAACAAGGACAAGGUGAACAUGACGUGGAUGGACAAGCUGUUGUACUGCCCAUGUACCCUCUCCCAAGGACUGUCCGACUUUGGCCGCUGGCAGUCUCAGUCUGGGUGCAACAUAUUCUCAACCAGCCCCGACAACUGCUUCUACCACAAAGAGGCUGUUCACUGCGUCCGCUCCCUCCAGCCAUCAUCUACAGGAGCAGGAAAUCAGUGUUGCUACGGCAAAGACGGCCUGCUUAUCUACGCCGCCGACACCUACCAAGGCAGCACCCCCGACCGCAGCCACGACUGGGGCGCCGCCCCCUACAACAAACCCGGCCGUGUACCCUCAUUGUCUCACUGGAUCAAGGAUGUCGUCACCUUCUACUACUGUUGUCUGUGGACGGAGUACAGCCACUGUAAUUACUACAUGGACCAGCGGGCUACCCGGGACUGUAACGGGUACCGCCCUCCUAAGGCAGCAUUUGCGUACGGCGACCCCCACAUGAUGACAUUUGACGGAAAACUGUACAACUUUGGUGGCAAGGGAGACUACUAUCUUGUAAAGUCGGACCAGUUUUCUCUUCAAGGGAAGUUCGACAUAGGAGAACAGAACCAUGCUGACGGUAGCCGCCUUAACGCCACCGUGUUGACGUCAGUGGCCAUGUUGGGGGUGUCUGGCCCCAGAGUGGAGAUACGUCUCGCUCCCCCCGGGCUCAACAGUGGCAGGCGUCUCGAUGUCUUUGUGGAUGGACAAAUGAAGUUGUUUGAUGCUUCGGCCAUGUUUAAGCAAACAUUCAGCGGUGGUGUCUCUGUCAUCAACGUUGCUAUCGACCCCGACAACAACCUCCACGACAACUUCACCGUCAUCAUGCAGUCGGGAGUAGGGGUGCAAGUAGCGGCGGUAAACAGACUCCUUCACGUCAUCGUCAACAUGCCGCCAGCCCUCAAGAACACCACUUCUGGUUUGAUGGGCACCUGGAACGACAUGGUGGCUGACGACUUCACCCCGAAGAGCGGAGGUGUCGUCGAGAUCGGGGCCCCGAAGGCCGACGUCUAUCAAUUAUUUGGCAAAACAUGGAACGUGCUGUCAAGUGAGUCAUUGUUCAAGCAUCAAAACGCCGCCGACAUGAACUUCAUCCCUAUCUACGAUGCUUCCCAGUUACCCCAGGGGACGGGUGUCACCGAGGUCGAACUUGCCACCGUCUGCGGGAUGGACGCUCAAUGUCGGUUUGACUACGUCGUUACAGGCAGUUCAGUUGUGGCCGCUGCUUCGAGGCAGGCUGCCGGAUGGUUUACUGACAUCAAGAGCUUCCAACAACCCGCUCAGUCCUGUGGCCUGCUUAACGUACCCUUUGCAACAAAAUCCAGCCGUAACUACACAUAUGGAAACACUGUGACCGUCACCGGCUGCCGUAACAAGGGCACAGUGAAAGGGGAGACAACUUAUCAGUGUUCCAUGAGCACCAACAACGAGCUCCGAUGGACGCCUGACGUGACGGCAGAGUGUGUUGUAAUGGAUGACAAGAAGGCUGAAUAUACAGGUCCAGACAACGUCGCGGCAACUGUUGGCAUCAUCGUUACCGGUUCUCUGGUUUCCAUCAUAAUCAUCGUAGUAGUAGUCGUACGCGAGCGCCGGAAAUAUAGACGACAGGGUCUUUUGAAAAAGAAGAGAACCAUGUCUUGAUCUGGCAUCAGGCUGAUUGCAAGACCAACGUUUGUAACCAUGUAUGCGAAUAGGAAAAGACGUUGUGAAUACUGUCUGUUGGCGAGCUGUCUCCACAACAACCUUCAAGUCACCAGAGGUGGUGUAUGAACUGACCCUGAAAUGCUGUGAACCUAGGAAGUUUUUUCUGUAUAAUUUUCACCACGAUUUGCUUGUUACGUUUUCGAAUCUGUUUUGUCCGGUCGUUCUCUUGAAAUGACAUUUUCGUUUUGAAUGUGUCUGUGUAAGUUAUAUCAUACUCUAUUGAAAAAGGUUCAGGGUCACAAAUAUUUUAGAAAGUUAUUUUGUAGAGAAGAUGACAACAUAAUUACAUAAGGAUAUUAACCAACACAGUCAUGAUCCCUAACAUUGCUUGUACAGUAUAUUUUGGUUGGAAAUGUGCAAGUACGUUAUACUUCCACUAGGGGAAACCUGUCCUCGGAGGCAUGUGCUUUUGUUCCAGUUAUUGUUCACUAUCUCCACUUCUUGAGAUACAUAAAACAUAUUUACCGAAAUAAUUGUAAUACACGAAAUGGGGUUGGAAGAUGAUAAGCAUCUUUUCGACUCUUUGUCAAAGACAUUAACCGGCAGGAAUCCGUUUACUGGGUGUUAAACACAAUACUCAACAAGUCAUAACAAUGAUGACAUUGACAAUUGUAUUGCUCAGAUAUUUUAGAAACACGUCAGCGAAAUAAUAUACAACAUUACUUAAAACUUCGGUGUGAGAUGUGAUAUAUGAAUUUGUGAAAAUGAAUCAUAUGUAAUAGAACGCUAAAAUAUUGUUUGAUCGGCAUUUUAGAAGUUGGCGUGUCCGAAAUGAAGCAUGCAACCUUUGAUUACCAGUUUAGCUUGAUAAGGGUGUCAAAAUCUACAUCGAAACGUCGCUUGAUGCAAUACACAAGAAGUUGUCAUCCAUAAAGUUGUAUGAUUCAUUCUUAACGCUGAAAUAUAUAAACAUAUGUGAUUUGUUCUGGUUGCCUUUAUUACAUACUAACUACUUUUCUAUAUCCUAGAUUUGUAAUGAUUCUUCCACAUAUAUGCCAGACUAUACAUUACAAACAUUUGUCGCAUGCAGCACUUGUAAUGUCGAGCUCGCCCCUGCAUUGAGGUUUUUGGGAAUGUGUUUUCGUGUGGCACUGUUAAACUUUCACCAUCAUGUGUGAGCGAAUAUGUGAAUCUCGAUACGAUUGCUUCAUUAUAAAUAACACACUCUCAUAUUUAAUCAGAUAUUAAAAAAGUAUUUUAUACAUAUAUGUUUCAUUGUUUGGAAAAAUAAAUAAUCAUUUUAAAGAUAACACAA